GCGGUUUACGGCUGUUUUCUUCCCGCAGGCUGACAGCCGACGGCAAAGCAGCUUCUCCGAGUCGCACGGAGGGCUGCAGUGAGUUCCGUCUCUCCUUUCUGUUGUCUUGCAGCACGUGCGGGGUGUUCUGAGUGCCGCCGCUGCCUUCGAGUGUCCCCGUCCUCGAAGGCGCCGGCAGUGCGUGGGAGCGCCUCCCGAGCUGCGCGCACCCCGGGGCUUCCACUUCCUGGAGCUCCGGCGCCCUCCUGUCCUGUCAUUGCCAGUCCCGCUCCAUCGUUUUGCCGUUCUGCAGGAGAUUGCUGCGUGCUGUAAAUCUUCUCAUCCACUGUGAGGAGUCAGUCAACAGUGCCCAUUUGUGGAGGACUAGACAUCUUGGGGGCUGUUCAGUUCAGAUGCCUUACCUCUAGUACAUCCUCAAACCAGGGUCUUAUGGAGGAAAUAUCACUGAAGGAUUGUCCUCUUCUGAUGAUCUUUCUUGGGCAUCCGGUAACCUCAUGGUUUUACCUGCUUGCUGCUGAAGUUGUAUUUGCAGUUUGCUCUGUCUGCUGUGCUUCACACAAGACUUUCAUGGAUCUCAACAGUGCAAGCAGUAUUGUUUUGCAAGUCUUGACCCAAGCUACUAGUCAAGAUACUGCAGUGCUGAAGCCAGCUGAAGAACAACUGAAACAGUGGGAGACACAGCCAGGCUUUUACUCUGUUUUGUUGAACAUUUUUACAAAUCAUGCCCUGGAUGUGAAUGUCAGAUGGUUAGCUGUGUUGUAUUUUAAAAAUGGAAUUGAUCGCUACUGGAGACGAGUUGCACCACAUGCUCUUUCUGAAGAAGAAAAAACAACGUUGCGUGCUGGACUUAUUGCCAACUUUAAUGAACCAGUGAAUCAGAUAGCAACUCAGAUCUCUGUACUGAUAGCUAAAGUUGCCAGGGUGGACUGCCCAAGGCAAUGGCCGGAACUUAUACCUACACUUCUAGAAUCUGUGAAAGUCCAAGAUGAUCUUCGACAGCACAGAGCAUUACUUACAUUUUAUCAUGUUACGAAGACCCUGGCAUCCAAGCGACUUGCUGCAGACAGGAAACUUUUCUAUGAUCUUGCAUCUGGAAUCUAUAGCUUUGCAUGUUCCUUGUGGAAUCAUCAUACAGACACAUUCCUACAACAGGCUUGCACAGGGAAUGAAGCUGCUGCCUCAAAUUCAUUAGAAAGAACUUUGUUGUCAUUGAAAGUGCUUCGUAAACUAACAGUCCAUGGAUUUGUAGAACCUCAUCGAAGUGUAGAGGUGAUGGUAAGGAACAUUCAUCUGUUUCUAUACUUACAUUAGAAAUCUUCAGUUACU